AUGUCCUCGCCCGUUGACGAGAACGCCCCGUUGAGCGCUCGGAUACGAGGGCAUUGUGAACGAGGCGAUCAGAUUGCCCGAAUACUGCCGCAAACUAAUGCUAUCAACAGGCAAACCGACGUAGUCCAUGAAUCCACAAACAAUGUUGUAUAUUUGCCACGGCGAGUUCGAAACGUAGUGAAUGGGACAAUGGUACUGGGACUUGAGCUGCUGCAGCCAGACGGCCAGCCGCGGGAUCUCGCACUCGUUGAAGUCUCUGGCGAAAACGUUUCUAAAGAGCUCUCUUUUGUCGCCCAAAACUCCCGUCGUUCGCACCGUGUCGUCGAUGUCUGUGAUCACACUCACACCUUUUGGGUCGAUCACGUUCGCGAUCUGGACAAAUUGAACGCCCCCACGCUGUCGGUGUACAGAUUUGCUCCCAAGAGAGAGUCGGUCUUGUCGUCCGAGUACAGCGUGAUGUUGAGCGGGGUGCGUGGGAUGUUCCGGGCCAUGAUGCCCUGGAUCCGGUCGCGGAUCGUGUCGUUCACCGAGGACGAGGCCGUCGACUCAGACCCAGAAGAAACUGUCGACGCAGAGUCUGUGUCUGCGGUUUUGGUGUCUGGGUGGGUCAAGGAGUCCUCGAUCUCGCUCUCUAUCUGCGAAACGGUGGACGUGGGCACGUUUGGUUUCGAAAGUCGCUGGAUCAGCGACAUCAUCAGCUUGUUCUUCCUGUUCAUCGUUCCAGGACAGUAUAUGCAACCAGAAACCUCUGUGAUGUACUCAUUGCUGAUAAACCGGCGUGUAGCACACGACUAUAGGCAGCGUGACCACCAGCGAGAUGUACUGGGCAAUGAUGUACAACGACAGGCAGUUGAUCUGGGUGUCGGUGCCCUUUUCCGGGUCCAUGUGGCUGGCAGUCAGGUACACCUGCACGGUAGCAGAAGGGAGCGAGAACUCCAGGCAGGUGACGAAUUGGGCCAUCGAGUCGGUCAUCCAGUUGGCAGACUUCAGUCUGUACACCCACAGGAUGCCGAUGAUGGGCAGGAUGCAGAGGCGAUAAGCUGUGUGGCACAGGAUCGAUUUCCAGAACCCGGGCGGAAUGGCUGUGAUUUCCAGGCGACCGAGCAGGCAUCCGAUCAUGAACAGUCCCAGGGGCACGCACGGAGCCGCGCACUGUUGGAGCUCGACAAGCUUGUGUUCGACAACGACUGCUUGCUGGCGGUUUCUGGGUCGCCGUCCUCCACGGCGCCCGGCUCCUCGGCGAUCGGCUCGAGCGCUGGCGGUUUGGGUUCUUCUUCCACGUCGUGA